GUGUGGGUUAUCUGGAGGUACAGAGCAGUGCACCUAGCCAAUACCGGUGGGUUUUCUCGGGUACGUGGUUCUCUCAUGUUGAACUCAUAUUCCUCCUUCGUUUGGGGAUUACUCCUAUACAUAACUUCCCCUACUCGUUUUCGAGUUUCCCCUGGUCGGCCCUCGAGCCCUCCUAUUCUAAUGUCGUGGUUGAUGGACCCGUUGUUGUGUCUGUUUUGCAGUGGACUACAAUGUCGCACAUUGCUAAUGACCAAGUGGUGGCCUUUUCCCUUGGGGAGAUACAAUCUGACAGGGUCCGCAAGUCCAGGACACUCCUUGUCCGAUUAUUCUCCAAUAACCGAAUGUCCCCGGUGGAGCUCCGUGACUCGGUUAACAACCCAUGGCAAGGAUAGGGACGAAUCCAAGUAAGAAUGGUUGCGCAUGGACUGUAUGAAUUCGUGCUCCCUUCUGAGGCUGCCCGAUUUCAGGUGCUCCAAUGAACGCCGUGGGUGAUUUCUGACAAGAUCCUGCACUUACAGGCUUGGACACCGAAUGUUACGACACGAACGGUUGAUGAACUGGCCAUUGCUCCAUUUCGUGUACAAGUGUGGGAUGUGCAGGAGGAUUGUUGCACCCAACAGUUUGGACGGAUAGUGGCUACUGCCACUCUUGGUCGGGUCCUGAAAUCUGGAGUGUUUGUUUGCACAGACUGGUGCCGGAACUUUGUGAAGGUUAAAGCCCUUAUUGAUUUCACCAAGCCACUGCGUUCACAAAUCGUGGCUACGAAUGAUGUGGCUGGUGAUUUCUGGAUUUGGUUCAAGUAUGAGCAUCUUCCUAGCUUCUGCUACAAUUGUGGCCGAGUGGGUCAUUCGCGACAGGCCUGUUUGUUUGAUACCUCGUCGAGGAAAGACUGAUUCGGUCCGCACAUGUCAACAAAAAAGAUGGGUAGAAAAAUCUUCGAGGAAGAAGAGGAUAGGCAGCGCUUCCCUAGGCAAUCAGAUUCAGUCUGGAUUAACAAAGAUAUUCGGGGAAGCAAAGGGGCUGAUCCGCGACUUCAACAUGGGUCACGAUCUUUGGGAAAGGUCUCGGAUGAUCGUCUGCAACAAGAGCCACGGGUGUUGACCAGGCAUAACGAUACUGUUGCGAAGCAUCCCAUCUCUGACGAUAGCCCGCUCUGGAUGGGUUCCUCAACAAACCCUUUCCUGAUGACGGAACUGAGGGGCCAGCAGAGUAGGAGUCCCUUUCGUGUUCCCAUCAUUAGGGCCCCAAAACUUGUGAUUGGGUGGCAGAAGCGGAGUGGCAAGGUUAUAGCUCGAAGUGGCGGUAGCCCUGUGAUGUCUGGGCGACGGCUUCACUCAUUGCGGGAACCGCAGGGCCGAAAAAGCACCCAGCUUGAGCAGCCUUUCAUCAAUAGCCAUGCACGUACAGAACGUGUCAUUGAUGGCCCUAUCUCUGUGGAUCAAGGCGAGGGUACUGAUGUUGUGCGUCGGCGGUGAUUAAUUUUGGAGGAAGAAUCUGAGGAGGAAUUUACUUUACAUGACGUGUCUUCUCCGGUGCGUCCUUUCAUUAAGGAGGAUGCUUCCCCGCUGCUACUACACGGUGUCGUGCCCUUGUGACACGCCAACACACAACACCAAUCUGCGACCAAGUGUAAUCGCAGACCGGGAAUGCAGUAACAGGCAAGUUAUAUUAUCAACCCGGGGUCUAGAUCUACUGCUUACUCAGUGAUUCUCUGUUAUCUAGCCAACUAAAGUAAGUGAUUGUUGUUUAAAAGCAAAAGCAGAAAUAAAGCAGGAAAUUAUUC